AUGCUGCUGCGAGACACCCACGCGGCGCCGCACCCAGCACGCACCAAGCUGGCCACCUUCCGCGGCGUUAAGAAGAUUCUGGAACCGCCACGAGCAGCGCCGCCUUUUGCGUCGUGUCUUGAACUGCCGUCGCCGCUGGCGCGCGAUGACGCGUUGUCUGAUGAUGAACCGCGAUGCGCGUCGCUUCCCUCCUCACCAGCCAGUACAAAGCUGGCCACCAUCAGGCUCGCGCGCCUGCACCGGCUCGCGCACAUCAUGCUGCUGCGAGACACGCACGCGGCGCCGCACCCAGCACGCACCAAGCUGGCGACCUUCCGCGGCGUUAAGAAGAUUCUGGAACCGCCACGAGCUGCGCCGCCUUUUGCUUCGUGUCUCGAGCUGCCGUCGCCGCUGGCGCGCGAUGAUGCGCUGUCGGACGACGAGCCGCGCACUGCUCGGGCGCUCGCAUGCCUCUCGUCUUUUGUUUGGAACACACGCUGCGCCGCAUCCAACCCGUACAAAGCUUACGGCACCGCGCCCGCCAGGCUCGCGCGCCUGCACAGGCUCGCGCACAUCAUGCUGCUGCGAGACACCCACGCUGCACCGCAUCCAGCACGCACCAAGCUGGCCACCUUCCGCGGCGUCAAGAAGAUUCUGGAACCGCCACGAGCAGCGCCGCCUUUUGCUUCGUGUCUGGAAUUGCCCUCGCCGCUGGCGCGCGAUGACGCGUUGUCUGAUGAUGAACCGCGGUGCGCGUCGCUUCCCUCCUCACCAGGUCUCAGCCGCCGAGGCAGCUUAGAACGCGCGCCGGCUCCAUCCACCUCCCGCCGUCGGGCAUCCUGCGAGAGCGGCAUCUUCAGCGUGGCCAACGAGGAGCUGUGCGCCGCUCACCCGGCCGCGUGCUGCCGCGGCGCCGUGUGCCCGUGCUCGCUGAUGGGCUGCCACCGCUGCUGGUGGUGGGCCCGGCUGCCUACUGAGUCCGAACCGGAGCGCUCCCUAGAGUCCAGCUCAACGGACGAAGACCGCGCGGGCCGCGUACGAGUAUGCAGCGCGUGUCUAGCGGCCUACGAUCGUCUGCUGCUCCGGCGGCGCGCGCUCGACGAUUCCGCGCUCGGCGCCGCGGCCUGCUCGCUGCGCAGCCUCGACGAGCUCGACGACGCGCCCGCGGACACACACGGGGAACAGGGGACAAAAACGUACACUGCUGGACAAAAGCAUCCGGAUUUCCGCAAAGACCGGUCCUUUUGUACGUCGGGACAUACUUCGUGCGGCGCGUGUUUAGCGGCCUACGAUCGUCUGCUGCUCCGGCGGCGCGCGCUCGACGACUCGGCUCUCGGCGCCGCGGCCUGCUCGCUGCGCAGCCUCGACGAGCUCGACGACGCGCCCGCCGACACACACGGGGAACAGUCAAUUCUCUCCAUCUGGGGCUUGACCCCACAAAAACGGUACUUCGCGUCGGGCUGCUACCGUAGCGCGUGUCUAGCGGCCUACGAUCGUCUGCUGCUCCGGCGGCGCGCGCUCGACGACUCGGCGCUCGGCGCCGCGGCCUGCUCGCUGCGCAGCCUCGACGAGCUCGACGACGCGCCCGCGGACACACACGGGGAACAGACAUACUGGUCCGCAUGUCGUCGAGAGGCAGAGUCCCUCUCUCCCUUCCUCUGCGGGCGCGCGUCCUGGUCACGUGGUUCCAGCGAAGAUUCCUGCCACGUGCUGGCUCGCUGCUGCUGCCGCCCGCCUGCCCCUCGCACCGCCAGCGUCUAUACCGACAGCAGCGAUGACGUAGCAUCCUUAGCCGGCUCAGACAGCUUGUAUGCCGACGAGAGACUCCCCAGACACGUCAGGUCAGCCCAAAUAUCCAAAAUAGUGGAGUACUUCGAACGGAAAGGCGCGGACUUCACCUGCGAAAGAAGCUUCGGCCGGUCCCGGUUUAAGAUGAAGGACCGCGAAUGUACUGUUGAUGUCAAACACCGCACUAGGCCAGAUAUAGCUGAGGAGGGCUGCGGCAGGCGAUGCGUCGCGCAACAGCGCCUGAUGAUCUGCGAAGGCGCCGUCAAGUCGAAACUCCCGCUGUUUGAUCGGAAGUCGUAGCGCGGGCGACACUAGGCGUAGCUAGUUUUGACCCCGACCGUUUAAUUUGAUUGUCGGUUUUACUAUUGCAAGACAGAGACAAUGUGUUGAGCUACGUCACUAAGGAAAACAGUUGACUACUCAUCAAUAGAUGGCGUUGUACGCUGUUAACUCGCAGUGGUAACAUAAGCAAAUAUUUUCAUAGUUUUAAAUCUACAUUGACAAAUCGAUAGAAUCAACUUAUUUAAGACUUAAUUGUUUUAAAUAUCCAAUCGUUUACCUAAGUAACUGUAGUGAAAUAACUAAACUUAAAAAUAUUGACUGAAGUGCUGUGCUCGUUGUGAAAUUCAAUUAAUUAGCAAUAAAUAAAAUACAAAUUAUCUUAUUAAACGAAUUAGUGUUUAAGGGGUCCUAACGAUAUUUCUAGUUACGCCUAAGACGUAGUGUAGUCAGUACGGAAAUUUAUUUUUAAUUACGCGUCGCGACCUUUGGUUCGUACGGUGAUACGGAGAGCGACGAUGUCAGAAGAGGUCUCGUACUCGCUUGAGUAAGGACUUGUGUAUUUCAGAAACAGUAGUAGUGAAAAAUAUUAAAACAAUAUUAUAAAUGAGACUAAGACGUUUGCGUAUGUUGAUAUUUUCUUUACUGUUAAAUAUAAUGAUGAUUCGAA